CACAAAGACAGGCACUCAGGCAGAGAGACAGACAGACAGACAGACAGACAGGCACUCAGACAGACAGACAGACAGACAGAGUGUCAGCUGAAGUGAUUGAUUGAUCGGCGUCCUGCCUGAUUAGUCGUGCAUCGACUCCUUUAACCUUCCCGUCUGUGUGCGUGGAGCAUUGGCGUGGAGCGCUGUCUGUCGUGCGCGAGCUGACUCGGCGGUCUGCGAGCAAUGACUCGGUACUGCAGCCUGAUUCGUCGCCUGCUCUCCGGUGAGAGUAAGACGGAGGAGGCGGAGGAGGACGAGGGCGCCGCUCUGAGAGACAGCAGCGAGCAGGAGCCCCAGCUGAAGGGCAUAGUGACGCGUCUGUUCAGCGAGCAGGGCUUCUUCCUCCAGAUGCAGCCUGAUGGAGUCAUCAGCGGGAACAAGGACGAGAACAGCGACUACACGCUGUUUAACCUGAUCCCGGUGGGUUUGAGGGUUGUGGCCAUGCAGGGAGUGAAGGCUGGACUCUACAUGGCCAUGAACGCAGAGGGAUACCUCUACACAUCAGAUAUCUUCACAGCGGAGUGUAAGUUCAAGGAGUCUGUGUUUGAGAACUACUACGUCAUCUACUCGUCCACGCUGUACCGGCAGCACGAGUCGGGCCGCGCCUGGUUCCUCGGCCUCAACAAGGACGGAGUCGUCAUGAAGGGGAACCGCGUGAAGAAGACCAAACCGUGCUCGCACUUCGUCCCCAGACCCAUCGAAGUCUGCAUGUACAAGGAGCCGUCGCUGCACGAGCUGGAGGAGAAGCUGCUGAAGUUGUCGCGGAGCCCGACCAUGAACGGCGAGGAGCGGCCGGACGCCGAGCCGGCAGAGGAGGAGCCGGAGGACGACCUCACAGAGCGAGACGGAUUAUAGCCUGCAGCGCCCCCCGCAGGCCGAACUCCCAUUUUAACACUCCCUCUGUUCAGCAACAAAAGCAACUACAACGACAACAAACGCCAUGACGACCACGCCGGUGACAACGAAGAAAACAAAUAUAUAAAAAAAAAAAUAAUCUUCUUGCUCAUGUUGAAAUAUUUUAAAUCUGCCGUGGAAGGCGAGAUCGGGAGGGGGAGGGAAGGGGCUUGUUUAAAAAUGAAAAAAAAAAAAAAUAUCAGGACGUUGACGAUGAUUUACAUUUUAUGCAAAGAGCCCCGCUGAUACGGCGCCCGGAGGCUAGCACACCUACUCUUCAUCGCCACGUUGUAAUCAUCAUCUUCAUCUUUUCUGUCACGAAAGAUGACGAAAUGUUUAAUCGAGUCGAGCGAGCGCUGAGAACUCUGAAGCUUUAAAGCCAUGUAAAAAAACUUCACUUCAUAUCUUGAAUGAAUGCAAAAAAA